UCCAGAUUAUCUUUCCUGCGGUGUUUUUCACUUUUUCGGAGGAUGGGGAUGGGUUUGUGAGUGGCCAGCAGGACAUACCCAGAAAAAAUGUAUCCAAGUAUUCCUUUCCAUACCCCCCACGGGGGGGGCAAGACCACUUCUGUUGAACAUAGGAAUUUGUUUGUAACACAUGUUAUGCCCAAGUUCUACUGCCCUUCUUGAUUUUGUCUCUUUGACGUCUUUUUAACUUUGACUGUAAGCUCCUUUAAUUUUGGCAUGAAGCCAAGGGACCUUGAUAUGACCUUUCACUUAAUGAAAAAUGUAAUUCACUCGUCAAUCGGACGAAAUUCCGAAAGCUGAUCUUUCGUGGUUCACGCGUUGUUGACACGGCAACCUACGGUGCUUAAUUCGAUUGUUGUGAAAUCAUUUACGAUCGAGUGCCAUUUGCAACGCAACAUCUGACUUCGAGUUGUGUUUAAGUCAACCUUGCCUAACAAUUAGUCAAACUAAAAAACUGUGAAGAGUUUGCAGACAAUUGUUUUCACUGACCCUCGUUCAGCGGUUACCGUAAAUGGACGCAAGGCUCCUCGGAUUUUUGGCGCGUUCUUAGCAACUUGUAAGUACAGCACCAACACUUCAUUUGAAUUCGAUGUUCUCUACACGUUAUCGCCUUCUUCUACAAACGAACUGUUUUCUUUUUUUAUUCGGCACAUUACAAUCGGAAGCGAUGUUGCUAUUUAACAGAACGAUAGGAAUGCUUCAGAUACGUAAAAUUAAACGUGCUGUGUAGACUUAUUUGUGGCAUUUCUUGAAGAAAAUAUGAAAAUAACAAAUUCCAACGACUGAUAUGCGACCUUGCAGUAUUCGGCGCUUGUUGACUUGUUCUUUUCGCCAACUGCAAGUAAUUAUCUGAAAUAUUUUUUUAUCAGGAAGAAACAUGAGUUUUCAAUGGAUAGAAUCAGUCAACAGGACAAUUUAUGUCAAUAUGGUACAUCUUAAUACGAUCAUAAUCUUGCCGCUUACGAAAAACUGUCGACAACUGUCGGGUAAACAGUGAUUUGGCGACUGUUUCAUUUUGUUUCAUGUUCUAAAGGCAAGGGGUCUGAAAAUUUUGUCAGGUUCAUAACUUGUAAAAAAUAACAACAUAUCACUUGACUCCUUUCCUCAACAAAUUUUUUGAACCGAUGAUUGCCUUAAAACAAAAUUUCCAAUGCAAAGUUUUCAAAUAAUAAUUUUAGGUUUUCGUUGUAUGCGCGUUGAAUUAUUUUUCCCGUAAUAUAGGCACUUCCAAAUGAUUCCACUUCCAAAACUCCACCAAAACAUCAUCCUCGUUUAAAACGACAUCUUGCCAUAAAAUCGCCUUCAUUGUCAGUUUUCCAGAUUUGUUUUUCUAAAAGUAAUCGGCGUUCAACUUCUAGUAACCCUAACUGAAUCUGUCGUAGAAUUUACAAUUGCAUAGCACCUCGAAAAACAUCGUCCUGCCGUCUAGUUUAUAAAAAUAUUUAGCGUAAGUGAUUUUUUGUCGUAUUUGGAAAAAUUCAUUGGCAGGUUGACAAGUAAUCUAGAAUGCCUAGCAGAAAUGAGAAAAAAAAAGAAAAAAACAACAACAACAACAACUAUAUCUACGACACACAUGCAUCGUCACAAUUUCUACCCAUGUCCAAGAAUGUCCGCAGUUAGUGACAGAGAUCGAGUGCAAAUCAUUGGAUUAAGUUGCUGUAAUCUUAAAAUCCACUUUAAGGUUCCAAACUGAAAAUAGCCAUCGGCGUAAACAACUUUUAAGUGGUCGAAAUACCAAUGCAGUAAAAUUUAGAGUGGUUGCGCAACAAAUCUUUGCAGCGAACAACGGAUUUUACUCGAGUCUAACUAGUUUUAUUGGUGUAUUGGUCGAAUUUCUUCUAAAGCCUCCGUUUUUGUGUUGUACUUUGCUACAAAGCUUCCUGACAGAAUUCCGUCUAACAUCAAGGAUUCGCCGUUGUCAAGUCAGCGAAAACAAAAUUCAGACAAACGCUACACGCUGAAAAUACAGCUUGGUUGGAAUGUAAGGUUUAUUUUUCUUUGUAAAGAACAAAUACCCAAAUAAAUUUUUUAAGCUUCAGGAAUAAAAAGUGAUUUGACUGCAUGUAUUACUGGAAUAUAGAAGUCGAUACUUUGUGGUGGAGGUAAGCAGUAUUAUUCAAAUUCUUCAAGGCAUUUCAAAUACUUCUGUUGAUUAUGGUUUCUGUGAGAAAUUGUUUUAAUCGAUCGAGAAACGCAUUCCGUGAAAAGGUGAACAAAUGUAACUGAGAAACAUCGUCGGAUCUUUCGAAUAGCUGACACUGACUUAACAAAUACAGGAAGGCGGUAAGUUUCUAAAAUAAACUGUGGUGUUGCAUGGUGAGACGGGUAAAAUAAGAUAAUUUGGUUUUAUCGACUAAGUUGGUAAUGCGAAAAUUUUCCGCGUAUACUGACUACUUGGAGCUUCUGAGAGGUUCGAAGAUGAGAGUAAAAAAAUUCUAGAAAUUCCUUAGGGGAGAGGGGGCUCUUCAUAAACCCCCUGGAACGGAAAUUCCGAGGGAAUGGGGGAUUAAAAAGAAAAACCCUUCCGUAAGGGGUAUGGAUAUUUUCUGGAACUGCACAAUUGGCCUCCGUUGAGUUUUCUUUUCGAGCGUUAGCUUUUUGCUAAAGCGAAUGGGGGGUAAGUCCCCCUUUUAUACCCUGUUAACGACGACUUAGCCCCCGCUCCCUCUGAAAACCACGCGAUUUCCCAGAAUCCUCCGAACCUUCCCCCCCUCCCCUCCCCUCGUGAUUAAUAGGGACCGGUCACUGAUGACUGGAAUUUUUUUCUCAGAUGACUUUGUAAGUUAAACGCGAACAUUAAUCAUUCGAAUUCAUUCAAUCGAAAAUUUGACUACGUUAAAAUCCGAUAUUUUCAAUAAAAUCGCUUCUCAAAUAAAGUAUGUCUUUUGUGACUAUUUUUUUUACAGCUUCUGUAGAAUAACAACUGAGAACGUACGAAACACAGCGCGCAGACGUACCAGGAGAAGGAAACGUUUGAUGACGUAAUGCAGAAUGAAGACGAGAGCUUUCGUAAUCACCAGAGAAGGGAGACGCAGGAGGCCUGGAUGGCAUUUCAGAGACAACGUCCAAUUUUAGUUCCGGGGACUGGUGCUAGAAGCUGGCCUAAUUCACGACCCGCUGGACUGUCCACGUUAGAAAAGGGCUUCAACAGACGCGCAAUGUCCACCACGGAAUUACGCUCACGAAAUCUUCCACCAAUGGAAUACAAUGUGCGGGUAGGGAACAGGAAAGUUGGAAUUAGAACCGAAACAGCAGAUAGGGGACAACAGGCUUGGGCUAAGACAUGGGCUAGAAUGCGUGCAGAACAAACUAAUGUGCACACAAAAGGCUGCACAAAUCACGAGCGACCAAACCCAACUAUGAGCCACCUAGCAAAAACAGGAUUAACAUCUGCGAGCAAGAGGAACGAAAUCGUAGCGAUGAAUGAAAAGGAAGCCAUGUUUUACAAGAGGCUAAAAGGAAUAUAUGCCAAUUCUACAGAUAAGUCAGUGAGGGCGCAGAGAUUAAAAGACAGUAUAAUUUUAUUGCAGUCUAGAACACUACACUCUGAGAUAGACCACAGUUUGAAAGAGUACAAGAAAAGGGAAGAAGAGGACAAGAGAAAUAGAUCAGAACUUAAACGUCUGAGAGAAAAGUAUUCGCGCGAUAAAGAUCGCCGGAAUAGAAAAUCUUAUUUAAGUUUAAACGCGUUAGAGUCACCUCAAGUGUCACGCCAUGCUUAUGGGCUACCCGAGGAAGGACAGGAGCAUCUGCAAUCAGGCGUCGCACAACAAGCUCGGGAAAGGUUACGUGACAUUUGGAAAAGUGCUUUGAAGCGGGCCGCGUUGGUUGAUAAAAUGAUAAACAUGUGGACGCAACAGAAAGUACCUUUACCUGAAAUUAAGAUAAGACGACAAAGUGUGUCCCAGAAAGAAGUUAGAAUGCUGAGGGAUGAAGAAAAUAGAGAGGACAAACGGCGUCGUAACUCCAUAGAGAUGGUCAAUCAGCUUGAAAUGGUUUUAGGAGAAAUAGACGUUAUGUCCACGGUUGUGUCGGACUCAGAUGAAGAAGGCCUUGAAGACGAUGAACACGACAUUGUUUGAUAUUGCAGAAAAUUCUAAAGUUUAAUUUAAAAUUAGUUUUUAUCACCCAAACUUUACCCAUCUCUACAACAAAUAAUGUGACGAGGAAAUAAAUGAAUUAUUCCAAAGCUUUUCAUCGUCCGAUUGAUGACUUAAUCACCUUGGUGAUAAAAAAAGAAAAUUUCAAUUGAUUGUCGAAAGCAAACCGGCCCAUUUUGCUUUGGUUUACUUUACUUUGAGAUGUAAUAUGGUCCAGAAACCUCAACCUAUUUCCCAACCAAUCAGAUUCAAAAUGCAGAGCGAUCGUGAUUUGGUCACCCGUGUUUCCCCGAGCUUCAAACAGUUGGCUUAUUUUUAAUUUACUUGAGUUGUCAUCGCCUCGCAAAUAUUACGUUUGUUUUUCAGCUCUAAGUGGUCGUAUUUUAUUACUUUGGUCAGGUUUGGUUUUACAAGAUCUAUCUUAAAUGUCCUUAUUAUUUCAAACGAAAAGUUUAUAUUUUUAAUCUGGCUUUAAGGGCACAUUGAAAAAGUAACGAUUUAGGUUUUCAUUUAAAUGUAUAAUUUAUUGAAUAAAGACAUAUUUUUUAUCGUU